AUGGCUUAUGGAGCUGUUGGUUGUCUUGAGCUGACAACUGAGCGCCUUUUGAAAUCAUCACAUAUUUCGAUUGUUCAAAAUUCAUCCCCACAAAUAAUUAACCUUCUGUACGAUGAGAUUCUUUCCUUAAAAGAAGCUCUCAGAGAAUUCAAUACAAGGAGGAGCACCAUCAACAUGAAGAUGGUCAAAACUUUGGAGGCACAAAUCAUAGAUGUUGUAUACGAAUUCGAAGAUGUAUUUGACUCCCAUCUCGCAAAUCAGUUAUAUUCACAAUCUGAAGAAGAGACCGGUGAUCCUCCAUUAAUGUUAUUCUCAGUAGAUCUUCAAGAAAUAAAGCAAGAUGUCGAUUCCUUUGUCGAAAGGAUGAACAAGAUGAAGAAGGCCUACAUUCAUGAGUUAUGCAACCCCUCGCCAGAAGAAGAUGAUUGUGUGGGCCCGUCAUCAAGGAUUGAUUUUGGUGGAAAUGAUGAUUAUAACAUGGUUGGAUUAUCUGAUAUAUUUACUGAAAUCAAAGAUCUGUCUCGCCCUAAAUAUCGACUAGCGGACAUCUUGGUGGAUAUUCUGACACAAUUGAAUAAUCUUGACAUUGAUGAAGUAAUAUUGCUUAUGAAAGGGGCAGAAUUAUUAGUCGAGUUGAAACGAAUGGUGUUCAAAAGUUUAAGGUUUUUGAGAUACUUGAUUGUGCCGGAUGAUUUAUGGGACGUUGAGCUCUAUUUUGACUUGACGGAAUUCUUUCCAGACGACAAUAACGGAAGUCGAGUGCUACUGACGACUAGGACAGAAGAAGUAGGUUAUUGUGCUAGUAUGUGGAGGGAUUACAAUUUACGCUUCUUGGAUAAGAAAGAAAGUUGGGAACUUCUUCGUCACAAGGUGUUUGGUGAAGAAGAACCGUGCUCUUAUGAACUUGAGAAAGCUGGAAAGAAGAUUGCCGAGAAUUGUGAAGGACUUCCUCUUACAAUCAUCACGAUUGCCAAUAUCCUGUCAAAAGCUGACAAGACAAUAGAGUACUGGAACGAGGUAGCGGAUGAUAAACGAAAUUCAGUAUACAAGGAUGCAUAUGAACAAAUGUCAAAGGUACUAUAUCCAAGCUAUGACUACUUAGAACAACAUUUAAAAGCAUUCUUUCUCUACCUUGGAGCUUUCCCAAAAAAUUAUUCGGUGUAUGGAUACCAAAUGGUCAACUUGUGUGGUGCUGAAGGAUUUCUUAACCCAGACCCAAUCGCGACUUUCGAAAAUAAUAGCUAUGGAUACUUGAAUGAGCUUUGUUUUAAAAAUGUUAUCAUGAGCGCCAAAGAAGAACGCGGUUUUCACCUUCAUUCGUCAUUUUGGUACCUGUGUAACAAAGAAGCUCCCAAGAACAAUUUUUACUAUGCCUUGAAUUUUUGUGCUGAUGCUUUACAAGAAGAAGUUUACCGUUAG